AAUUGACUCUGUUGUCUAGAAUAGAUUGUUGUUGAAGUUGGCGUGUGGAGAAAGUUCAAAAAAAGAAGAAUGAAUUUUCUCAGAAAAUCAGUCGGCAACCUAACCCAAAAUUCCAUGACCAUCACCAAGCAUCUGUUAUCCAAGCCAGAAUUCAAGGAAAAGAACGCCCUGAUUUCUCCCUUGUCGCUUCAAACUGUGCUCAGCAUCAUCGCUGCUGGUACCGAGGGUCCCACACAGCGUCAGCUUCUCUCCUUCCUCGGAUCAGAAUCUAUCACCAAUCUCAACACCUUGUCAUCUCAACUCGUCUCCUCUUUGCUCCGUGAUGCAUCCCCUUUCGGAGGCCCUAGUCUCACUUUCGCCAACUCUAUUUGGGUCGAAAAAUCGCUUUCUAUUUAUCCUUCUUUCAAACAAAUGGUUACUACAGAUUAUAUGGCAUCUCUCGAAUCACACGAUUUCAUAAACGAGGCUGAUGAAGCUGCCAAGAAAGUGAAUUUAUGGGCUGAAAAGCAGACAAAGGGACUUAUUAGGCAAGUUAUUUCACCUCCAAUUGAUAGCCUUACCAGACUCAUGUUUGCGAACGCACUAUACUUUAAAGGAGCAUGGGAUCAGCCAUUUCAUCCUUCAAAAACGAAACAAUAUGAUUUUUACCUUCUCAAUGACAGCUCAGUCAAGGUUCCCUUCAUGACUAGCAACAAGAACCAGUUUGUUGGUGCUUUUGAUGGUUUCAAAGUUCUUUGUCUUCCUUAUGAGCGAGGUGUAGAUCAACGUCAAUUUUCUAUGUAUCUUUUUCUUCCCGAUGCAAAAGAUGGAUUGUUAACUUUGAUUGAGAAAAUGGCUUCUGAUUCGGAGUUCCUAGAACACAAUCUUCCUAAUAAUAGAGUAGAAGUGGGUGACUUUAGGAUUCCAAAAUUUGAAAUUUCCUUUGGACUUGAAGCUUCGGAUGCUUUGAAAGAGUUAGGAGUGGUUUUACCUUUCUGUCCAAGUGCAGGUGUGACAAAAAUGGUAGACACUCCAAACUCUCCAACUUGGGUUUCUGAUAUACUUCAAAAGUCGUUCAUUAAAGUAAAUGAAGAGGGCACCGAAGCUGCCGCAGUCACUUUUUCCAGGUUUUUUGGUUGUGCUCGGCGUUCUUCAAAACCGGUCCCAAUAGACUUUGUAGCUGACCAUCCUUUUCUAUUUAUGAUUAGAGAAGAUUUAUCUGGUACAAUACUCUUUGUUGGACAAGUAGUCGAUCCUCUUGCUAGGUGAUCUUAAAUGUCCAUAUAGGAAUCCAAUAAUUUAUGUGUUGGUCAAUUAGUUUGCUGCACUUCUACUUUUCAGAUGAUAAGAUUAUUGAUUAUUGUUUUGGUUAUUUAUUAAUGAUAAAAUUAUUGAAUAUUAGUCGGAAAUAUGUUAAUAAUAAACAGGCUUGUGUGUAGU